GUGUGAAUGCAAGUACUCCUUUCUCUCAUUGUUUGAGUUGCUGCAGGUAUUGGUGUCUGCCUCUGAACGUGCGCGCGUGUGUGUGUGUCUGGGAGUGUGUGUGUUGGAGAGGGAAAGAGAUAAAAAGAGAGAGUGAGGCGAGCAGUGUUUCUUUUUCCCCUCUAGCCUCCCCGUCUCCCUGCUCCCUGUCACUCCGUUCUUCCUCCCUCCCGGACCACCCUGCCUCCAGUCGGAUAGACCCUGGACCUCCCCAGGACCCCCCUCCCAUCACCCCUUUGACUCUCCUCACUUCUCCGACCCGCUUUGUCAACUGAGCAGUUUUUCCAACAAAUCCAAUAUAAACCUGAAGAGGAACAUAUUAUUGGACACUUAAACCAUUUGAAGUGGUCACCAAGGAAGCAUUGCUCAGAUAGAACGGCACUGGACAGACGGAAGUCUCCCCAGUCCUCUGGAAGGUUGACAGCACAAGGUCACAUGACCUGGAAGAGAAAACCCAGGAGACUUUUGGGAUCCCUUUUUGAAUGGGCCGGUUAUCAACCUGGAAACAAGUCUAAAGGCUGAUGAACUGAUCUGCACGGUCGUCCCCUCUGCUCUCUGCCAAACAGCUACAUUAAUGCCCUGAGAACCCACGGCCUAGCGCAACUCUGGUGACUGGCUGGCUACUGUACCAUCACACUCCUCCCAUUCCUGAGGAAACCCUCUUCACGACCACACUCCUCCUCUCUUCACCUCCACUCCCAGUAUGGAACCCAACAAAGUCCAGCCAGAGGGCGGCCUCAAUGUCACCCUCACCAUCCGCCUCCUCAUGCAUGGCAAAGACGAUGAAGCAAAUCACACCACCAGGCUGUGUAAGGGCUACUUGACCAAGGAGAGUGAUGGGUUGCUGCUUCUGCUGACCUGUCCUCCACAAUCACACAACCUGAACCCAGUUGAGAUGGUUUGGGAUGAGUUGGAUCACAGAGAGGUUGGAAGUAUUAUUGGCAAGAAAGGGGAAACCGUGAAGAAAAUGCGCGAGGAGAGCGGAGCACGAAUCAACAUCUCUGAGGGCAACUGCCCCGAGCGGAUCGUCACCAUCACCGGCCCAACCGAUGCCAUCUUUAAGGCCUUUGCCAUGAUUGCCUAUAAAUUUGAGGAGGAUAUAAUCAAUUCCAUGAGCAACAGUCCAGCCACCAGCAAGCCCCCUGUCACUCUGCGUCUGGUGGUGCCAGCCAGCCAGUGUGGAUCUCUCAUUGGGAAGGGAGGUUCCAAGAUAAAGGAGAUGAGAGAGUCCACAGGGGCACAGGUUCAGGUGGCAGGGGACAUGCUGCCUAACUCCACAGAGCGUGCCGUGACAAUCUCUGGGACCCCUGAAGCCAUAAUCCAGUGUGUCAAACAAAUCUGUGUGGUCAUGCUUGAGUCCCCACCGAAAGGUGCCACCAUUCCCUACCGCCCAAAGCCCGCCUCCACCCCCGUAAUUUUUUCAGGUGGCCAGGCCUACACAAUUCAGGGACAAUAUGCCAUCCCACACCCAGAUCAGUUGACCAAGCUCCACCAGUUGGCUAUGCAGCAAACCCCCUUUACCCCCCUCGGACAGACCACCCCUGCUUUCCCUGGUUUGGAUACCAGCCCCCCGGCCAGUACUCAUGAACUCACAAUUCCAAAUGAUCUAAUAGGCUGCAUAAUCGGGCGCCAGGGAACCAAAAUCAACGAGAUCCGCCAGAUGUCUGGGGCGCAGAUCAAAAUCGCUAAUGCCAUGGAGGGCUCGUCGGAGCGCCAGAUCACUAUCACAGGAACCCCCGCCAACAUCAGCCUUGCCCAGUACCUCAUCAACGCAAGGUUCAGGGACGUGGCUGCCAUGUGGAAUGACCCGUCAUCCAUGACAACAUCCUGAGGCCCAAAUCUGGUUCCACUAUCAAGAAGCUAACAGCAGCAACUGUCUCCCCAAUAACCCCAUGUAUACUCCCAGAGAACUUAAUGGCUACCUGAUUCCUUUAGCACUUGACACUUAAUUAAGCUUUAGCAGCUUUGAAUAGGCUAAAGAGGCUAUUUGUAAAGCAAAAUGAAAAAUUUGACUUGAAUUCUGUUCAUGUAAUGUAAAGAGUUACGUAUAGUGUUUCAGCAUGCCGAAUGCUUAGGAUAAUUGUCACAUUAUUUUACUCUAGUUAAUUGUCAGGCAAGUAAAAAUGGAUAAAAAGUGGAAAAUAAAAAAAUAUUGCUAUUUAGAUUGUUACUGAGCAAUGCUAUUGGCCAUGAGUCUCGAAUGAUGUGAUGCGUUUGUGAAGAGAUAUUGUUGCGUCAAAUUUGGAAUGAAAAGGAAGUGCUUUUUAUGUAAAUAGUAAGGAGGUUCUCCUCUUUGCAGGGAGACUUAAAUUAUUAAGUCAACAACUUCCAUUGUGAUAGAGGACUACGUUUGAACUCACACUAUUUGUAGUUCAAGAGACUUAGGUGCAGGUUUUUCAAUUAGGGAAAAUCCAGAAUUAGAUUGGAUUGGUUUUUAUCAAAUGGCAUCAUAAAAUCCAUAUGCAUGACCAAUAUACAAUAGUAAAUGUAACAUGGAGACCUAAAAGCCAGAAUGCUGCAGAGUUUCACUGUUGUGUGAGUGUCCACUCCCUUUUUUCUGUAUUUUUCCUUCACCCUUCCCUUCUCCCCUCUUCCUUAACUAUUCUAGGCUGACGUCUGAGGUCACUGGAAUGUGAACACUAAUUUCUACCCAUCAUUCUUCACUGCAUCACACGACCCAUGUGCCAAUGGCAUUGCACGUUUAUUUUUGUUCUCUGUAUUUAUCUGUCCUGCGCCUUUAAGUGAUCCUAACUAAUUUAUUAUAUGUAAAGUAAACAUGAUACCCACACUGUUAACAUUAUUCUCCUCACCUGCUCUCAACCGACUAUUCAAAGGACACUUUAUUUUUUGGCAUUAUCAUGUGCUUUGCUGUAAAUUCAGUUUAUUUAAUAAUUUUAAAACACAGCUAUCGUGUCUAUGCUCAUGAUAUAUGCAGGGUUCGAGAGAGACUAACCAUCCCAGAAUUGUCCCGAAGUGCAAUUUCAAACUCCCCAAAAAGAAAAUAAACUGUCCCAAAUUAAAA